AAUAUGAACAUUGUCCAAAAAAAAACAUUAUGACCAUUCUAACCCUCCGUCGCACUUUUCAAGUUCCUUCACCACUCUCGAUUUGUCUCUCCCUCAUUUUGUAGUUCAGUUCGGUCGGCGCUGCUUUAGACUAUUAUCGUUUCGACGCAAAUUUUGUUUGUUUUUAAGUUUAUUUUCGGUCGGUUCCUUCAGUUUCGAUUUUACUGAUAAACGGGAUCGUUAACACCCCGUAUUUGUUAGGGCUACGAACUUUGUGGUUUGAAUUCUCCAAACGAUGAGUCGUGGAACUGGAGGUGGAUAUGACAACCAAAACACGAAUUUCUCUCCCGAAGCUCGACCUUCACAACUGGGUGAAAGGGGCAGUAAGGAAGUGACUGAGGGGGACGAGGACCUGCCAAGGGAUGCAAGGAUUGUGAAAGCACUUCUGAAAUCAAUGGGAGUAGAAGAUUAUGAACCGCGUGUUAUACACCAGUUUCUUGAGCUGUGGUACCGUUAUGUCGUUGAUGUAUUGACGGAUGCACAAGUUUACUCGGAGCACGCAUGCAAGGCUGCUAUUGACUGUGAUGAUGUGAAGCUUGCCAUUCAGUCAAAAGUUAAUUUCAGCUUCUCACAACCUCCUCCAAGAGAGGUUCUUCUAGAGCUGGCCAGGAACAGGAACAAAAUUCCAUUGCCAAGGACAAUUGGCGGGCCUGGUAUCGCCCUUCCGCCCGACCUAGACGCAUUGGUCAGUCCCAACUACCAACUGGCAAUCCCAAAGAAGCAGCCAGUUGAAACCAUGGAGGAAACGGAAGAGGAGGAAAACGUCGAUUUCGCUUCGUCGCAAGAACCAAGCACAGAAGUACCACAACAUACCCCACAGAGAGUAUCCUUCCCAUUGGCAAAACGUCCAAAAAUAACAUAGUUGUUUUUCUUCUUGGUCGCCUUCCUCCCAACUUCCCCUAUGAAAAAGUUCUUCACACACGUUCAUCUGAAGUUGGCUGGAGCUUUGUUGGAUCUCAUCAUACCGUGUUCGAACCGGAUCUAUUGUAUAAUAUAACGUUGUUGCUGUUAAUUAAAAGACUUCAGUGAUUCUCUCUUUCUA